AUGUCAUUCCUAUCCCAGGAUAUGCCAACGUUCGAUCAUUAUGCUUUCAAUCUGAGAGAUGGACUGAGAAAAGCCGCCGUAACCAGUUUAUCAGAAUUGGAAGAAUCGAUCAGCGCUAUUGGGUAUGGUUGGUUAGAUAGUUACAUGGAUCAGAUACUGGAUCGACAAAACAGAGCACCAAUAACGGAAUUGAUGAAAACUCCAUCACGUACACAGACAGUCAAGAAGACUAGGGCUACUACAGCAGCUGCCAAAGACAGAAACGAUAAAGUAAAAGGCUUGAAUGUUCAUCUAGCUCCGAGUCCAAGUAACAGACAGAAUGUUUCUCGUCAAGCACUUUCACCACUUCAACCUCGAUCUCUCAACGUAUCCACUCUUUCUCCCACACCUAUCGCAUCACCUAAAGCUAAUCCACUCAAAUCAAAGGUAGAGAAGGCCAAAGCUAAACCGAAAGCUAAGAAAGGGAAAUCAAAAAAGACGGUAGAAAAUGAUGAAAAUUCACCUCCCACUAGCGCAAGUACAAGUCUGGAUAAUAGUGCUAGUAUAUCCACCACUUCUUCGGAGAAAUCUAAAUCAUCAAGGAAAACAAAGGAUGACGUGAAGGAGAAAUCGAAUUCUUCAAGAAGCAAGAAACAGAAGGAGAAAGUCGAAGAACCUAUAGAAGUGGAAAUGGCUGAACCUACAAUUGUCCAGGAUAUAGAAGAAGUUUCGGAACCUAUCGAAAUUGACAAUCAACCAAAAGAUAUCGCACAGGGAUCAGCCAUCUCACUCAACGGUCCUGCCGCCAAUGCUAUCAAAGAGUCAACAGUAAUCGCCGACAACGAGCGGAACAGCUCAUCUUCUGCUCGAUCUACAAAGGGACCUAUCACGUCAGCAGAGCAGGUUGAUUCUCGAGUAACAGAUGAUGCCGAGGAAGUCUUACCUCAAACAGAGGUCGUUGUAGCGGAAGUUCAAAGCACUGCUCCCUCUGCUACAGCUGAGACUGCCGUUAUCUUUCAAGAAGAACCUGAGCGUGAGGUUGAACCUGAACCUGAACCAGAGCGAAAGGUCGACCCCACCAUGCCCACCUCUUUCGCACUGCCCACAAUCACUACUGGAGCAGUCCAGCCUAUCAGACAAGUCCGAUCGUCAUGGCUCAGUAAAGCUCUUGGCACCGGUGCAGUACCUAUCAGUGGUCUUCCAAUGACGGAGGCCAAUUCGGCCAUUCGACAGUCUUUCGCUGCCCCUAACCAAAGGCAGAGCACGACUAUGAACUUGAAUGGCAUGAGGAAAAGCUUAGUACCACCCGGCGGGCUCAAGCGAAAGUCAGAUCAAGCAAGGAAUGAAGAAGACGAUGACAGUGCAGAAGAGAAAAGACCUGAAAAAACAGCCAAAGUUGUCAUUGAGAUUCCCGUCCCUGACUAUACGGACGCUUUACCUGCCCGUACACCUGGACCAUUAUCACGUCCAAACAUGCCCAGUAAAACCCCAUCUUUUGGUACAUCAGCUACGACUUCCCAGCCAAACUCACAGGGUCGAUCGAUCAAUCCAUUAUCUUCAACUCAAAAUGAGAAUCAACGAUCAGAUAUACAUAGGGUUACCAAAGCGCUCGACGAAUUAAGAGAGAAGACAGCUGCUAAAGAGUUGGCCAAACAGAAAGCUGCUCUGGCUGCGUCUACAAAUGCUGCUCGGAUGCCUCAAGCGAAGAGUACGGGUACAGGGUUCUUACGUGGAUUAGGCAGUAUCGGUGCCGGCUUACUUGGUCUUGGAGGUAGUGGCGCGGAAGAAGAGGCUCAGAGAUUGGCCAGAGAACUGGAAGAGGAGAGAUUAGCUGAAGUGGAACUGGAGAGAUUGAUGAAGGAGGCUACUAAAGCAGACUCUGAACAACAGGAUGACGAGGAGGCAACGGUGAUGGAAAUCGAUCCCCAGCCUAAGAUACAGCAGAAAACUGCUAGAUCGACUACGCCAGAUCUCAUGCUACUUCAAAAACCAACUCAACCCCCUAUGUCACCUGAAGAGGAAGAGGACAUGGUUGAAGAGCAAUCCGUUAUGGAAGAACUUCUCCCUAUCGAUUCGAGGAACACCAUGGCAGGCCAUGUCGCUGUCCCGAUUGAGAUUGAGCAACGGUCGACUACCCCUACCGGAACACCCACACGCCCUCUAAUGCAUCAUGAAGCACCAGCGCUACAUGGAAGAGAAGAUAAACAAGUGCAUCAGUCUUCCGUGACUGUGAUGAAGGAGAAAGAGAGACUUGCUCUCUCGAACGCCACUGAGCAAAAGAAGAAUGUCCGAAAAGCCAGAGAGUCUAGUGUCGAUGAGGAUGAAGAGAUGCAAGGAGAUGACGAGGAAGAUGAGCUGGAUGAGUUAUACGAUGACGAUGAUGAAGAAGAAGAAGAAAUCGAAUCCAAACACUCUACUCGUGGCCCUCCGGCUGUCGAGAUCAAGACUCAUCGAAAGAUGCCCUCAUUAUCAUCUAACUUCGCUCCUACACCGCUCAAUAUGUCCACUUCAUCCGUUGUUACAACCGGAAGCGUUCUCGGCCAGGCUAACUCUAUGGCCGCUAAGGCUUUAGGUGUUAAGCCCGCUACUGGUCCUGUCAAGAGUGUACAAUUAGCUGCCGCUGCUGCAAAGAAGGAACAAGCCACUAUCGAGAGAAAGACCGCGCUUAAGGAGGCGGAGGCUAAACGACAAGCAUUGGCGAAGAAGAAGGCUGAAGAAGAGCGAAUUCGAGCUGACGAGGAACGAAAAGCCAAGGUUCUUGAACUAGAGGAGAAGAGACGAUUGAGAAUCGAAUAUGAGAAGAGGAAGAAGGAGAGGGAAGAUAAGACUGCUCAGAUUGCUAAGGAGAAAGCGGACAAAGAAAAGGCUGAGAAGGAAGCUCAAGCUGCUAAACUAAGGGCCGCAGAGGAAGAAGCUGCUAGAAAACGGAAAAUAGCGGCAGCGUCAGCUGCAUUGAACAAAUCACAGAAUGGCUCUAAUAACAAACGAGUCGUUCCUCUUGCCCAACAAGCGAACCCGAACAAAGGUAAAGAGCUUUUCAAACCCAGUAAGCAGCCUACUACUUUAGGUUCAUCAACCAGUAUUGGCCAAUUACAACAACACCAACAAGGUAAACUCGGUCCAUCAGUCUUCCGGGUCGCCGAAAGUUCGACCCAGACCCAGUCUUCUACUAUCACGUUAGUCCCACAAAAUCAGACACAAAAUGGGGAGAGGAAAGCUUUAGGACCGCCUUCAAGACCUUCCAGCAUGCAACAGCAGUACCCUCCACAUCAACCAAUGAGACAAUCAAAUGCUGUCCCAUCAGCAAACAACGUUCUUCAACAAAGCAGAGUAGCAUUACAAAGUCAAUUAGAUGAAAAAGCAGCCAUGAUCCAAAGUGAAGAUAUUGUAUUGCCUGAUAUAGCUUCUGAAUAUUCUGAUUCGGAUGAUGAAGAUCGCACAAAAGAUUUCAUUCCACCUUCGUGGGCUGAAUCACCUCAACUUCGAGCAGCGUUGGAAGCUCAAUCUUUAAGGAAUCCAGAUGAACUGUUCGGUCCCAUCAAACCUCUCAACAUGGAAGAAUUGUUCAAAGUUCGUACCAAUAAGUUUAGAGCUAGAACAAGUUCAGCCAAUUGGAGUAAAAAUGGUGAUGGUUUGACAAAAGCCGAAGAAGUUGAAUAUGCUAAAAGAAUGGGAUUCAAGAGUGUUCCUUCAGGUUUGGGUAAUUGA